AUGAACGGUCAAAAACGCGUUAAACGAAUUCUUCCAUUAACGCUAAAAGUGAAAAUACUUGACCGUUUAGUACGCGGUGAAGGAUCAUCAGCUGUCGCUCGUGAUUAUGGCUUAAAUGAAUCGACUGUACGUACGAUGAAAAAAAAUGAAGAACGAAUUCGUGCGAGUGCUGCAGCAAAUUUUUUAGCGCGAAGUGGUGGUAUUAAUUGCGCGAAUAUAGCUCAAACAUCUUUUUAUACGCGAGAUUCAAUUAUUGAACGUAUGGAAGAGAGUUUAAAUGAAUGGAUUGAACAACAAAAUUUAGCGAAAAUUCCUAUCGAUGGAAGUCAAAUACGUGAAAAAGCGCGUCAAAUUUAUGAAUUUUUUAAAUUACAAGACGAAAUGAACGAUAGCGACAAUUCGGCGACACCAAAAACAGCGUCAACAAUAACAAAUGCUCGACGACGGCAAUUAUCACAUUUCGUUGCUAGUAAAGGUUGGUUAGCAAAAUUUAAGAGUCGUUACGGUUUACAUACGUCGAAAUUAGCUGCAACAAUAACACGUCGUACGCCAACUUCACCUUUAACCUCAGCGCAUUCCUCAUUAAUUUCUUCAAAUAUUCCACAAUUUCCGAUGGUGAAUUUAGCGAAUUUUAUUCGACAGCAAAAUUCUUCGUCUUCCUCUUCUAUUGCCGCAACAACAACAACAACAACAACAACAACAACAGUUGACAACAACGAUUAUUGUGAAGAAAAUCAAAAUGAUGAACAAAUGGACAAUAAUCGUGUUCUCGAUUUGCAAACGUCGAAUGAGCGCCUAAAUUUUUUGCUUCAGGCAACAUUUAAUGAGACGAAUAGACUAAAUCAAGAAUUCGUUAAUGAAGAAUUAAAAGACGAAGAAUUUGUUCAUGAAGAGGCGAAAAAAGGAGAUUUUCACGAUGAACAUUGUGAAACUCAAGCGAAGACGAUUAACAAUAAUAAUAGUGAUAAUAGUGAUAAUGAUAACGAUGAUAAUGAUGAUGAUGAUGAUGAUGAUUAUAAUGAUAAUCUUGUUGAUAGUAUUUUAACACCGAAAUUAACGCUAAAAAAAUUAGAAAAUGGUUUUCGUUUAGCGAAAAAACUUGAAGUUUUCUUUCUAACUGAAGAUCAAUGCACGAAACGUAGUCUAAAAUUCAAAACUGAUCUCGAGCUAGCUUUAUCACAAUAUCGUCAACUUUAUCGGUAUUUAUCACGAAAUUCGAAAAGAAAAAAUAUUUAA